CGACCUUUCCCCUCUGCGACAGUUUCCCGAGGUACCUAGUGUCUGAGCGGCACAGACGAGAUCUCGAUCGAAGGCGAGAUGGCGGACGUGCUAGAUCUUCACGAGGCUGGGGGCGAAGAUUUCGCCAUGGAUGAGGAUGGGGACGAGAGCAUUCACAAACUGAAAGAAAAAGCGAAGAAACGGAAGGGUCGCGGCUUUGGCUCUGAAGAGGGGUCCCGAGCGCGGAUGCGUGAGGAUUAUGACAGCGUGGAGCAGGAUGGCGAUGAACCCGGACCACAACGCUCUGUUGAAGGCUGGAUUCUUUUUGUCACUGGAGUCCAUGAGGAAGCCACUGAAGAAGACAUACACGACAAAUUCGCAGAAUAUGGGGAAAUUAAAAACAUUCACCUCAACCUCGACAGGCGAACAGGAUAUCUGAAGGGGUAUACUCUAGUUGAGUAUGAAACAUACAAGGAGGCCCAGGCUGCUAUGGAGGGACUCAAUGGCCAGGAUUUGAUGGGACAGCCCAUCAGCGUUGACUGGUGUUUUGUUCGGGGUCCACCAAAAGGCAAGAGGAGAGGAGGCCGAAGACGCAGCAGAAGUCCAGACCGGAGACGUCGCUGACAGGUCCUCUGUUGUCCAGGUGUUCUCUUCAAGAUUCCAUUUGACCAUGCAGUCUUGGACAAAUAGGACUGGGGUGGAACUUUCUGGUUUAUAUUUAAUCUCUUACCCUAUAUGCAUAGUAUUUGAGUUGCGAAUAAAUGUUCCAUUUUUGUUUUCUACA